CGGUGAAGGACAAUAUUCUCCUGGUGCCGAUUUCCAAGAGCUCUUGUGCUUUUAGAUUCUGCCCACUGGAAGAGGAAGCCGACCACAAUAGACAAGGCACUCACCACCUGCUUCCUUGAAAGCAUCACCACCACUAUUUUUCUUCACCACUCCCAGUUUUCUUUCCUGCCGCCAAGCUGGAGUCGCUUAAACGCUGGAAUGAGGAGAGGAUGGUCUGGUGUGAGAAAGGUGUCCAGAUUCUACUCACCACCGUGGGGGCCUUUGCAGCCUUUGGCCUCAUGAUCAUCGCCAUUGGCACAGAUUACUGGCUGUAUGCCCGUGCCUUCAUCUGCAAUACCACCAACAUAUCUACUGAGGAAACCCCCCAGAAAGACAAGAAAGAUCCUGGAGGGCUCACCCAUUCAGGCCUCUGGAGGAUAUGCUGCUUGGAAGGGCUAAAGCGAGGGGUGUGCGUGAAAAUCAACCAUUUUCCAGAGGACACAGACUACGAUCACGACAGCGCGGAAUACCUCCUACGUGUGGUACGAGCCUCAAGCAUCUUCCCCAUUCUAAGUGCAAUCUUGCUAUUGCUGGGAGGGUUCUGCGUGGCUGCCAGCCGUGUCUACAAGUCCAAGCGCAACAUCAUCCUAGGUGCCGGCAUCCUAUUUGUUGCUGCAGGCCUCAGUAACAUCAUCGGUGUCAUCGUCUACAUCUCAGCCAACGCCGGAGACCCUGGCACAAAACGCGACGACGAGAAGAAGAGCUACUACUCCUACGGCUGGUCCUUUUACUUUGGUGGCCUUUCCUUCAUCCUGGCCGAGAUGAUUGGGGUCCUGGCCGUCAACAUAUACAUUGAGAAGAACCGGGAAGCCCAUUGCAAGAGCCGCACGGAGCUACUGAAAAACCCAUCUUCCUCGUCGUCGGCCAUCUUGCGCCUGCCCAGCUACCGUUUCCGAUACCGCCGCCGGUCUCGCUCCAGCUCCCGCUCCACCGAGCCAUCGCAGUCUCGAGAAACCUCGCCGGUGGGCCUCAAAGGCUUCCCUUCCACUGACAUCUCCAUGUACACGCUAUCGAGGGACCCCUCCAAAGCCAAUGUCAGUUCGCUCUACGGCGGCGCCAGCGAAACGGCAUCGACGGGCGCAGCUGCGUCGGGCGCAACUGGCAGUGGCGGUGGGUUCUUGCAGCUGCACAACACCUUCCCCAAGGACCCUGGUGUCACCGUCACAGUGACUGGGCCUGGUGUAGCAGGGGCGACUGGCACCCUGGGCAAAGAUGCCUCCUCCAACACCAACACGCUCAACAGGAAGACAACGCCAGUGUAGGGAUGGAGUUAAGGGAGGAGGGGGCAUAGGGAGAAGGAAAGAUGAAGAGAUGACACAGCUCAGAGAGUAGGUUGGGAAAGUAAGAAAGUUGCAAAGCGAGAAAACAAUCCAUCCAUGCUUUUCCUCCCUCCCUCCCGCCCCUCAACCACCCAUGAUCUCUCGCAUUGCUUUCCUUUUUUCUAACCCGCAAAUAGAACCCAAGUUCACACCUCACACCUUGGGGGAGGGCAAAGUAGCGGAGGAGUAUGUUCACCAGGGGGCUUUCAUGAAUGAAGUGACAGGGAUCAGCCAUUCCUACAGCUUAAGAGACACUUAAACCAAACACCAUUGUCCUUUCAAAACAGGCACCUCAAGGGUAACCUAGAUGGACUUUUCCCCACCCCACAUUGGGCUGGAGAAGAGGGGAUGCUGUUGUGUCUUAGAGGUGCUUGAGGAAGCAGGAUAGUUUUCCUUGCCUACUUGGUUAAGAUCUCUAAUGGGCAGCCAGAUUCAGAACCUGAAAGGGACGUGUGUGUGU